AUGAUUGGCCCGCUGCCCGCAAAACGUCUUGUCCACCUCGAUCCGUCCUUCUCCUCCAACAACCAACUUUCCAUAACAUCCUCCCCACUCCGCCAUGGCGUCGAAGCUGUUUACCGUUUCGCGGGCCAGCCGGGUGCUGCGCCAAUUUCCUUCCUCCCCUUACAGAUCUUUCUCCGCCGCUCCGCAACGUUACAGCGACUCUCUCGCGGUGGUACCCCCCACAACAACCCCUCCAUCCCAUUCAAGUUCUCCGAACAGAACCUCAAACUCAUCGACGAGAUUCUCAAGCGAUACCCACCACAGUACAAGAAGGCAGCCGUCAUGCCCCUGCUAGACCUUGGCCAGCGCCAGCACGGCUUCACUAGCAUCAGCGUCAUGAAUGAGGUUGCUCGUAUGCUUGAGAUGCCCCCAAUGCGUGUCUACGAGGUCGCCACUUUCUACUCUAUGUACAAUCGCGAGCCGGUCGGCAAAUACUUUCUCCAGGUCUGCACUACGACACCCUGCCAACUCGGCGGUUGCGGCAGCACCGCCAUUGUCAAUGCAAUCAACGAGCACCUCGGCAUCACCCCCGGCCACACCACCGAGGAUGGCCUGUUCACCUAUAUUGAGGUCGAAUGUCUUGGCGCCUGUGUCAAUGCGCCCAUGGUCCAGAUCAACGAUGACUACUACGAGGACCUGACCCCCGAAUCCAUCAAGAGCCUUCUCACUGCUUUGAAGGACGCUGCUAGCGGCACUGGCACCAAGGUUCCUGCCCCUGGCCCACUGAGUGGCCGGAACACUUGCGAAAACAGCGACGGUCUCACCAACCUGCGUGAGGUCCCAGAAUGGGAUCCCGAGGUCAUGAUGCGCAAGGACGGUGCCCUUGACGCACCCGCUGCUCAAUAA